UUGGGUUUCGUAUAUAGAAUAAAUACAAUGUUCGUAUAUACUUAUUAAUCAUUCGAUAUUUAAUGCCUUGGUUGUGUACGUAACUCAAGAAAGGGAAAUAAGUGUGCUUGUAAUUUAUUUAUCAACAAAAAUUUUUGUUAAAUUCAUUAAGUGAAUAAUUUAGAUGUUAUAUAUCACAGUAGAAAAUAUUCCUAUGAGAUGUUUUAAUUAUGAUAUUUCGCAUAUUAUUCAUUAUCUUUAUAUAUUCGAGUAACAUUUUCAUGAUUAAAACAGGCAAUGAUAACAUGUAUUGCCGUGAGAAGGAUAGAUUGAUUACUUCCGACGAUAGUGAUGAAUAUUUGCUUGCAAGUGCUGAAAUUGAUACGAUGGUAAAGUUAUUGUGCCGAUAUUGUAAUGAUAAUGAAGAAACACAACCCAAAAUAUGGUAUUAUCAAGAUCGGUUGCAAACUUUACCAGAAAGAGAAGUACAGUUAGGGAUGGACAACAAUGUAUCAUAUAAUAGAAUUUAUGUAACAUUAGGUCUUUCAUUAGUGAUAAAAAAUAUCAAAAAGACAGAUGCAGGAAUUUAUCGGUGUCAUGGUCAAGAAGGGCAAGAGGAAGAAUACAAAUUUAACUACAGAAUAGAACCAAUAUUUAAAGAUCAAAAUGAUACAUUUAUAGAAACAGGAAACAUUACUAAUUGGGAAGAGUAUCGUGUAAUAAAUUUACUAUCUGUGACUACACGCUUUGCUGUAUCUAAAAUGCUUGAUCUUGUCUAUCUACGACAAGAAGGCAUCAUUCUAGAAGUAAUUUCUGAAUGGGGACCAUGGAGUCCAUGUGAAAAAUGUAUACAUAAUCGAGGAAUUAAAACCCGUAGAGGAUAUUGUAGAUUGAAGCGUCAAUUUGAUAAAAGCAUUAUAUUGGAUCAUACUUCUCUAAUCGUAAAGUUUUUUAAUAAGACCUCUAUGCUUCCAUGCAAAUCCAUACUUCUUCAAGAAGAAUUUCCUAUUGUCAGUAGUGCUGUAAAAUAUUUGCCGGAAUUUGUUUUGGAAGAGGCGUGUAAGAAUUGUACAAAAGUAAAGAAAAAGAAAAAAGGGAAAAAAUUUAAAUAUAGAAAGCAGUAUGUGUUCUCAGAGGGCGCUCAUUUUGCUAUUUCGUGUCCGGAAUCAGACCUGCAAUCGCAAAUAGUUUGGAAAAAAGACUCCAUUAUUUUGAAGCAAGGUUUAAGUCGAUCGUUUCAUAAAACAGAUGCUGAAGCUCGAAUGAUGGUUGACACAUUUUCAACACUUUACAUAAUUGACAUUACGAAAGACGAGGAAGGCAAUUAUACAUGUUACGUCGAUAACGUCAAUAUGAUGCAAAUGAAGAUCAUUGUUGUUCUUAAAUCGAGAUUUUGGACAUUAGUAUUUUUGCGUCACAUGGGUUAUCUUGGAUUCAUAUUAUUAUUAACUUCAUUUUGUUAUUGUACCGGUCUGAUUAUAACGUGUAGACGAAAGGAUACCUUUAAAGUAAUGUUUCCUGAGAAGAAGGACAUGCAAAGAAAAAUACAAUAUAAUGGAAAAGAAAAAAUAGAAGAAGAAAGUGACCCUACAAUAUGCGUGGGAAAUGAAAAAUAAAAUAAAUUUUUUUGAAACAAACGUAUAUCAUGUUUGCUCAUUAUUUUAUAAAGGGAAGGAUGAUGAUCGUCACUUAAUAGAAUGCUUUGAACGCAUCGCGAUAACGGAAAAUUGUUGUUUCAUAAUUAUAGACAUUCUUUUCAAGCCAACGAUCGAUGAUUCGUCUGAAGAAAGUAAUUAUCGUCGGCGCACGAUUCUUUUUCAUUGAUACAUAUACAUAACAUAUACAUGUACAUAUACAUAUACAUAUACAUAUACAUAUACAUAUACAUAAACAUAAACAUAUACAUAUACAUAUACAUAUACAUAUACAUAUACAUAUCAUAUACAUAUACAUAUAUACUUAUGGUGUACGGCCUUAAAGCUAAGCGAAGAACUCAAGAGUCAAGUGAAAGGAAAGAGACUGCGUUAUACGCGUAGCCCUCUCUGAACGAUCGACAGAAUGGAUUUAAGGAUGUGCAUCGUCGUAUUUUUGUCAAUUUUAUACUUCAAUCUACCUCCAGCAACGAUUGGUGAGUCGAACUAUAUGGUUCGUACUUACGGCCUGCAAUACCACAAACUGGCACGA